GGAUCGCACAACCACCUCACACACAAUGUCUUAUGAAGACAAAUUCGACAGCUCCCUCGACUUAUUGAGGAGAUUGGACCCCAAGCACAUCUCCCUUAACCUCAACACACUCUGUUCCAUCAUUCAAAGCCAGGACUCAGACUCCGAAUUGGUGCCUGACUUACUUUCUUCCGUCGACACUCCCUUGAAGUUGAUCACCGAUAAAUCCAACAACAAGCAAUUUUUGAGCUGUGACUACAACCGGGACGGCGACUCGUACAGGUCACCGUGGUCCAACAAGUAUUAUCCCAGUUCCAGCGUCGACGACGACGAAUUACCUCCCUACCCAUCAGAUGAUUUGAGACAGUUGGAAAUAAAAGCCAACGAGAGUUUUGAUGUUUACAGAGAUUUGUACUACGAGAACGCAGGCAUCUCGUCGGUGUACUUGUGGGACACAGAUGAGGGCGAUAUCCCAGACUCGUUGAACAACGGCUUUGCUGGGGUGGUUCUUUUCAAAAAGGAAAUCGAUAAUGGUGAAGGAAAGUGGGAUUCGAUCCACGUUUUCGAGGUCGAAACUGCUGGCUCGUCCACAUACUCAUACAAGUUGACCUCCUCGGUGAUACUCGACUUAAAUAACAAUAAAGACUUGUCUGUAUCCGGGAACUUGACGAGACAAUUUGAUGUGACUAAGAAAUUCACCGGUUCCAAUGACACUGGUGCUAACUUGGAAACGUUCCACUUGAUCAGCUUGGGCCAGUUGGUAGAAAACUCCGAGUACACCAUCCGUAACUUGUUGCAGGAAGUGUACUUUGACAAGUUGAAGGACAUUAUUUUAAAAGAUUUAAGAAGGUUUGGUGCUGAUGAUGGACAACUCCAAGCCAAGCAAAGUGACUUGAUUAAAGGCUUGCAAGGUUUAUAGGCUAGAUUAAUAGGCAAAAAAAUACCACAUGACAAUGCACAAUCUGAAACAAGGGAUUUGCAUCU